UUGUUUUUACCUGUUUGUUCAAACCUGCAGCAUUUCAUGACGAUCCUCUUUGUCCAGCACUUGCACAAUCUUGCUUUACGAAGUUCUCUAGAGGAGAAACAUGUUUCAUGCCAACUCACUGAUGCUUCCAUUUGUUACAUUGUCUUGUGCUCUGGUGUAGCUACUGAAAAUGGAUCAGAGGGAAGUGAUGAUCAAAUAUCUGGAGGAGAUAUAAGUGUUUUUCCAUUCCGUAGUCCUCGACAUUACAAUUUUCCAGAGCAGAAUGUGUUCCUCGAAACUGAAUUUAAGAUGCAUCAUGUUAGUAACUGGAUAAAGAAAAAUGAGCGUUAUGAGGUGGCUCAACAAGCUUCCAAUGUGGAGCAUAUGAUGGAAGGAAUAAAACGAUCAGCAAAGGUAGGUUCUGACGAUAGUACUUGGCAAUCAACAGUUGAAUUUUCUGAAACUUCGAUUGAAAUUAUUGCAUUCAGAAUGGGAGUGUUAAGAGGGCUUUCCAAAUGGCGUGCAUGUUAUCUUGGAAUGGGAUUGCAUGAGAACUUGAUUGAUCACGCAACAUGGAAAACGGGGAAGUUGCUUGUACAAAUCGAAAGAAUUAUCAGGAUUUUGUCCUCCGUGGUGCAGCAUUGGCUACUAAAAUGUGUGAAGGUCCUCAUGUCUGAACCAAACAAUCAACUUCUCCCCUUCAGUAGUGGACUUUCUCCAGCGCAGCAGAUUGUUUCCAUCUUUCCAGUGAACUUGUUUCAAUCUGAAUCCGAUCAGAGCAUUGAAGUUGACUUGUAA